CUAAAACGCUUUUUUCUCGGAAUACUUGAUUUGGCAUAAUAGCCGAAUUUUCAAUUAUGGGCAGUAGUGGACACUUGUUCAUAUUUUUUUGAACUGAUUUGAAUGAUGUCGUCAUCUCGUAGCUUGUUCAUCACUGCAUAUCAGCGGAGUUUGGUUUGGGUGUAGCAAAAUCUGUUGCCACCAAGAAGUCACUUUGUAUUGAGUAAAAUGACGAUACAGUUCAAAUGGGUAGGUUAAAAUAAAUUUCAAACAGUGACAUUUGUGUGCAACAUUUGGUGGAAUCCCAUGCAGAAGGUUGUGCCAGAACCAGUUUCCUGUUUAAUUAAAGGUAUUUGUACAAUGUACGCCUACGUUAAUUACCGGUUAUUCUAGAACACCCUUAAAAUGGUCCGACCAAAAGUCUAAUUCCCGUAGUUUCCUCAUUCAUAAGUGACUUUCCUUCGGGAGGUGUUGGGAUUUGGUCACAUUAUCGGUUCACGAGUUCGAACAGACAGUCUACAAUGAAAAAUCACAUACUUUUCAUUAAGCUCAAUUUCAAGUUUUUGAAAAUCUUCGGCCUGUGGCACGAUGGAAACGAAUCGCGUUCCUACAAAGUAUAUCGAAUUGUGUUUCUCGUAAUUUUCUUCCUACUCUAUUUAGGAUCGAUUGUGAUAAGUGCAGUGUUGACCAGUUCUGUCGAAGAGUUUUUCUCGCAAAUUUUGUACGCAGCGCUGACCGAAAUGGCUAUGGCGGUGAAAACAUUUUACGGAUAUUAUCACUUCGUAACAAUCUAUCGACUCCACAAGCAAGCAAUUUCAAAGAAUUUUCAACCGGUCAACGCCGAGGAAGAUAAACGAUCAAAAAAUUUGCUGAACAAGAUUAACUUGUAUUUUUUCGGCUAUCUCCUGUGGAGUACUGCUGGAGUUUGGACCAACAUAGCAUUUCUUUUCAACGGCCAGUUCAAGCUACCAUUCUUCCCGUGGCUGCUCGGAAUCCCGUACGGCAAACACCUGCCCUACAAUUACAACUUUUUGUUGUUCUAUCAACUCACCGGGAUUUGGAUCCACGCUGUUCUCAACGUAAUCGUGGACUCCCAGGUCGGAUAUCUGCUGGCUGUCGCGGGCAUCCAGAUGGACUUUCUGGCGGCCAGGCUGGAGGCAACGCAAGCCGGAAGAAUCGGUCAGAAAAAGUUUCGAAACACGUACAAACAGCACAUCAAACAUUUCAACGUGGUGAACAAUUUUGUGAAAAAUGUCGAACGAGUCUAUUCGAAGUCGGUAUUUAGUCAGUUUUGUGCCAGCGGAAUCACAAUUUGUGCCAUAGCUUAUAGGCUUUCUUCGGUCAACUUUGCGAAAGAAUUCUCCACCGUGCUACCAAUUGGUAUCUACCUGCUAUCGAUGCUGAAUCAGAUCUUUUUACACUGCUACUUUGGGAACGAGGUUACCCUGAAAAGCUCGAGAUUAACGAACGCACUGUAUACGUCGGAGUGGUACAAGAUGACACCAAAGGAUAGAAAGAACGUUGUCAUGAUGAUGACACGUUCGAUCAGGCCCAUUACGGUGAAGGCUGGUGGAUUUUUCCACUACAAUUUACAUUCCUUCUCGUGGGUGCGUAUUGUUGUUUAAAAGAGCUUUUGUCAUGUUUUAGCAUUUUUACCUUUUCAGACAUUAAAUACUGCAUACUCGUUGUUUUGUGUAUUACAAAGGCGAAAAAGUAUUGUAGAAAAUGAGCAUUAAAAAGAGUUAAAUUUUUACGUUCUGACUCAUGGAAUCGACAAAUAAGUGGAAUAAACAUUGUUUUCAGCGUGAAACUGUUUCUA